AUGAAGACCUUCACUGCUAUCGCCUUUGCGGCCUUGUUGGCCGCGGGUGAAGCCGCAACUCACAAUUCCGCCAACACCUGUAACGAGCAUCAGAAGAGCGGUUUCGACUGGUCGGACCUGUCUGUUGGCUCGUUCAAAUCUUAUGGUGGCUUUAACUUCUCCGGCUUCAAGUGCAGCAACAGCUUCGGCAGCAGCAUCUCCAAGCGUGGCCAGAAAUGCAUCACUGGUACCGUCAGCAAGGGCAGCAGCAGCAGCAGCGGUAGCAGCUCGUCUACUCCUACUUUCUCUUGUGGUUCCGAGGAUUCCGGCUUCUCGAUCUCCAACUUCAAGAUCGCUACUGACAAGGAUACUGAUAUCAACAUCAUCUACCACCUUGGUGAUGGCUCAACCUGUCAGACCACGAAGUCUUGCUCCAAGUCUGGCACCACCAUCUCUAACGACCAGUGUGCCGGUGCUACUUCCGUCCAAUUCGAGCUCCCCUCGUCCUCUUCGGAAGAGUCCUGCGAAUUCGGUAUCUACAACGUUGCCUUCGACUGUGGCGCUGAUUCUAGCUCAACUGCUUCCCUGAUCGCCUCCACCACUGUCGUUCCUUCCGGAGCUGAUGCCAUCGGCAGCCCAGCCCCUGCUACCACUCCUGAGGCUGCUACUACUCCUGAGUUGACCACCUCCGUUGUCUACUCUACCCGCACUAUCACUGACUACAGCUGUGCUGAGAGUGUCACUGACUGCCCUUACCGCUCUACUCGUCUGUCUUCGGUCCCUAUCUUGACUACUAUUGUUCCAGUUUCUCAGACUCCUAGUGGUGCAGCUCCCUCGGGAUCGCCUACCGGUGUCUCCCCAGUUGGCUCGUCCCCUGCUGGUGGCUCCCCUGUUGACAGUGGCUCGACUGUUCGUGUCACUUCCACUGCUACUGUCUGCACUGCUUGCUCUGCUGGUGCUUCUGGUACCCCCGGUGCCCCUGACCAGAGCACCUCGCCUACUUCUCCUGCUGAGACUAGCCCUACUGGCUCAGCUCCUUCUGGCUCAGUUCCCUCUGGCUCAGUUCCCUCUGGCUCAGUUCCCUCUGGCUCAGUUCCCUCUGGCUCAGUUCCCUCUGGCUCAGUUCCCUCUGGCUCAGUCCCCUCUGGCUCAGUCCCCUCUGGCUCAGUUCCCUCUGGCUCAGUUCCCUCUGGCUCAGUCCCCUCUGGCUCAGUUCCCUCUGGCUCAGUUCCCUCUGGCUCAGUUCCCUCUGGCUCAGUUCCCUCUGGCUCAGUCCCCUCUGGCUCAGUUCCCUCUGGCUCAGCUCCCUCAGAAAGCGCCCCUGCUGGCAGCGGUUCCACUGUCCGGAUCACCUCCACUGCCACCGUCUGCACCGCAUGCUCUGCUGGAGCUUCUUCCUUCCCCGGUGGCUCUAGCCCCUCUGGCACUGUUCCCUCCGGCUCUUCGCCCUCCGGAUCCGUCACUGCCCCUGCUGUCUCUGGUACCCCUACUGGCUCGUCUCCCAAUGGCUCUUCCCCUGGAGAGUCCGUGACCACCGUUGUUACUUACGAGACCACCACUAUCUGCCCCGUGACCCAGACCAUCACCUCCGGUAGCUCAACCUUCGUUCAGACCACUAGCACUGUUUCCACCCAGACUGUGACUGCCACCUCGACUAUCCCCGCCGUGACUGCCAGUGGCUCUAGCCCCUCUGGCACUGUUCCUUCCGGCUCUUCGCCCUCCGGAUCCGUCACUGCCCCUGCUGUCUCUGGCACCCCUACUGGCUCGUCUCCCAAUGGCUCUUCCCCUGGAGAGUCCGUGACCACCGUUGUUACUUACGAGACCACCACUAUCUGCCCCGUGACCCAGACCAUCACCUCCGGUAGCUCAACCUUCGUUCAGACCACUAGCACUGUUUCCACCCAGACUGUGACUGCCACCUCGACUAUCCCCGCCGUGACUGCCAGUGGCUCUAGCCCCUCUGGCACUGUUCCUUCCGGCUCUUCGCCCUCCGGAUCCGUCACUGCCCCUGCUGUCUCUGGCACCCCUACUGGCUCGUCUCCCAAUGGCUCUUCCCCUGGAGAGUCCGUGACCACCGUUGUUACUUACGAGACCACCACUAUCUGCCCCGUGACCCAGACCAUCACCUCCGGUAGCUCAACCUUCGUUCAGACCACUAGCACUGUUUCCACCCAGACUGUGACUGCCACCUCGACUAUCCCCGCCGUGACUGCCAGUGGCUCUAGCCCCUCUGGCACUGUUCCUUCCGGCUCUUCGCCCUCCGGAUCCGUCACUGCCCCUGCUGUCUCUGGUACCCCUACUGGCUCGUCUCCCAAUGGCUCUUCCCCUGGAGAGUCCGUGACCACCGUUGUUACUUACGAGACCACCACUAUCUGCCCCGUGACCCAGACCAUCACCUCCGGUAGCUCUACUUUCGUCCAGACCACUAGCACUGUCUCUACCCAGACCUUGACUUCGACCUCUGUCAUUGCUACUCCCACUGGCACCGCCCCCGGCGGCUCUAGCCCCUCUGGCACUGUUCCCUCCGGCUCUUCGCCCUCCGGAUCCGUCACUGCCCCUGCUGUCUCUGGUACCCCUACUGGCUCGUCUCCCAAUGGCUCUUCCCCUGGAGAGUCCGUGACCACCGUUGUUACUUACGAGACCACCACUAUCUGCCCUGUGACCCAGACCAUCACCUCCGGUAGCUCUACUUUCGUCCAGACCACUAGCACUGUUUCCACCCAGACUGUGACUGCCACCUCGACUAUCCCCGCCGUGACUGCCAGUGGCUCUAGCCCCUCUGGCACUGUUCCUUCCGGCUCUUCGCCCUCCGGAUCCGUCACUGCCCCUGCUGUCUCUGGUACCCCUACUGGCUCGUCUCCCAAUGGCUCUUCCCCCGGAGAGUCCGUGACCACCGUUGUUACUUACGAGACCACCACUAUCUGCCCUGUGACCCAGACCAUCACCUCCGGCAGCUCUACUUUCGUCCAGACCACUAGCACUGUUUCCACCCAGACUGUGACUGCCACCUCGACUAUCCCCGCCGUGACUGCCAGUGGCUCUGCUCCUUCUGGCCCCGCCGGUGUUAUCGCCACAUCCAGCGCUCCCCAGGAGUAUACCACCACUGUUGUCACUUACGAGACCACCACCAUCUGCCCCGUGACCCAGACUGCCACCUCUAACGGUGCCACCUUCGUCCAGACCACUAGCACUGUUUCCACCCAGACUGUGACUGCCACCUCGACUAUCCCCGUCGUUGCUGCCACCGGCUCUUCUGGUGCUUCCGCUUCCACCUACAUUGGAGCUAGCGGUGAGACCGUCACUGUUACUGGUUCUGGUGCCAUUGUCACUGCCUCUGGAGCUGCUGGUGCUAGCGCCGGUGAGACUGUCACUGUCUCUGGUGCUGCUGGUGCUUACACCACCGUCACCUACGGCACCCAGAUCGUCACCAUUCCCCUACCCAGCGUUGUGACCAGCACCGCCGCUGGAGCCGUGACCACCUUCGCUGCCGCCCCCAGCGGAGCCGCCGCUCUCAGUGGAGCCGCUGCCCCUAGUGGCCCCGUCGGAUCCUAUCCUAGCGGAGUUUCCCCCGUUGGCAGCGGCUCAGGCUCUUCAUCUAGCCUGCGCGUCUCUUACACCCCCGGCGCCACUCCCAGUGCUAGCACUGGCUCCGGCGCGAGCGCAUCUUCCUCAUCUGUGCCCGUGUUCAACUCGGCCUCAAGCCUGUCAAUUGCUUCCAGCCUCCUGUUCGGAUCAGUUGCUACCUUCAUGGCACUGAUGCUCUAA